CCAACGCGGGUUAACGCGAACCUGAAGUGCGGGGCUGAUGGUCGGUGGUCGCAGUUGGGCUCACCUGCUCGGGAGUCACGUGAUUCUGCCAGGAUGGAGUUUUCAGAUCCCCUGUGCAGUGACAUGUCUCAGGACUGCAGCUUGAGAUCAGAAGACACCAGGAGUCCGCAGGAGAAGCUUAAAGCCAUCAAAGAACAGACAAAGACCCACAUGCAAAACUUUGAACGCAUCGCAGAAGACAACGAGAAGUUGGCAUCUGCCCAGAAGGAUGCCCAGAAGAUGUGGCAGGAGUUUGACCUGCGGAUUCAGAAGGCGCUGCUGGACAUCGAGAGCUCCAAGAGCGAUUUGGAGUCCCAGGCUGCCGACUAUAAGUGGAAGUUGAAUCAGGCCAAGAUGGAGCAGGAUGAGCUCCUCAAAGAAAAAGGACAACUGCAGGAGGAGACCACCAGGAUGGAAAGCCAACUGUGGGACUUGAAACAGAAAACACAGAAGACCACCUCAGUCCCAGACAGGAACAUGAUCUUCAGUGGGCACACUGUGCCACUGCUCCCCCAAGCAGAGUUCGAGGUGACCCCUCACAUCCUGUACCCCAUCGAGGGUGGGACGGCACUCGUUACCUUUGAGGAGGAGAUCGUGGCUCAGAAAAUUCUGGAGAUUGGCACCCAUGAAGUCAAGCUGGGCGACUGCUUCCUGAGACUGGAGGCACAGCCCGUGGACGUCGUUCUGCCCAAACACAUCGAGAUCGAGAUGCACGUGUGUGAAAGACGCAUCCUCAUCUCCAACAUCCCCCAAGUCGGGACCGACGAGCAGAUCCUCGAUAAGCUGGAGAUCUUCUUCUCAAAACAGAAGAAUGGCGGUGGCGAGGUGGAGCAGACUGAAAUGAUGCCCGACUCGCGUAACGUCAUUUUGGCGUUCCUGGAUGACAAGGUGGCACAAAGGCUGGCGCAGAAGGAACUCUUCGAGGUGUCACUCUUCAACAAAACGUACCUGCUCAAGGUGACCCCCUUCCUUAAUGGAAAGAUCAGAGAGCUGCAGAUGUGCAGGUCGCGGUGCAGCAGGACAGUGCAGCUGGUUGGCAUCCCCAACAUCAUGGAGGAGGACGCCCUGCAAGACAGCCUGGAGAUCUACUUCCAGAAGCCCAGCAAUGGCGGCGGCGAGGUGGAUGCCUUCGUCUAUGUGCCCCUGGGCAAGAGCGUGCUGGCCGUCUUUGAGGAGGAGGGCACCGUCAUCUGAGUUGCAUGGCAUGGGUGCUUUGUUUUGUUUUGUUUACAAUUUGAAGUCUUGUGAUCGGUUACUUUAAAUAACACAAAUAAAGAUGUCACUCACAUGGAGGGAUGUGUGCCA